GUGAGACUUCAGAGUUACUGUAAACACCUUGUUUGUGCACCCUGUUUGGUUGUUUGAAUUCACCUUCUUUUGAGGCUCUUCACAAAACACACACAGCAUGGAUGCAGAUCUGACCCUGGGUCAGCACACCGGGAGACGCCUCUCUCAGUUUGGAUCUGAGGCCUGCAUGCCCGGGUGGUCUGAGAACAGCCUGGUGUUCUUGUGUGAGCUCCGCUGCGCCCCGGGCUGGAGCGAGGGGGAGGAGCCACUGCGUGUGUGCCUCCCUGCCCAGUACAACGUGCACCAGCUGCGUUUGUGUCUGUGCAUGCACACCACGGAGCUGAGCUCCCCUCCGCACCCCCUGGCUAUGCUGGACCCCGCUCGAGUCCUGCUCCUCUACCGCCGCCACGGAGACUGGUACGAGAUCUACGACGACUGCCAGGUGCUGCGGACCCUGGGCGUGCCCUGGUCACGUGACUCCUCCGGGCGCCUCACGGCCCGGAUCGUCGUGGCUCCGCCCCCGGCGCCGGACACGGAGGAGAGGCGGAGCCAGCGGCAGGCCCUCGCCAACCUGAUUGGCUACGACCUGGAUUCGACACCACCCAAUCGCCUCGGGGAGCUCAGCUUCACCCGCAGGAAGCUGGCGUCGCCACGGCGACAGGAGCUGCGUCGGCGUGACGACGUCGCUCAUGCGACGGAACCCUGGACCAGCUCGGUUCCGCUCCCGCGGGACCUGCGGAUCUACGCCGACAGGAAGAUCCCGGUCACGCUCCACCACAGCAAGGUGAGCUUCACCAUCAGGGUCCUGGCCAGCAUCACCCCCGCUGGCCUCACCGUCGUGUUCCACAGGGUGAUGGAGGAUCUGGGGGUCACCUGGGAGGACGCGGGGGUGGUGCUGCAGGUGUCCGGCAGGGAGGAGUACCUGUCCGGGGAUACCACACCUCUCCACAGCUUCCUGUGGGUGCGGCACUGUCUGAAGAGCUCCCUGGAGGUCCACCUCCUGGUGGUCCCUGUGACCCAGCUCUCUGUGGAGGCUGUGCCGGGCGAGGACCACCCGCAGGUGGACGGCUUCUCUGGCCAGUCCAGCUCCCACCAGGACCUGAGUCUGGACAACAAAGACGUGGCCCAGAUCCUCAUGAUCUCCCUGUGGGACUGCAAGCGCAGGUUGAGGGUGAAGCUCCUGGGCUUCGAUGUGCCCCAGCCGCCCUCCAAGCCCCCGGCCGCCGUGCAGGUAGAGGUGAGCCUGCUGUAUGGCAGCGAGGUGCUGGCCUCCGUCAGCUCCGCCCCCAAGCCCUUCGAUGAUGAAGUGCUGUGGAACGAGUGGCUGGAGAUGGACGUGUUACUGAGCAAGCUGCCUCGCGGGGCCAAGCUGGGGCUCACCAUCGUGGCCUGCUCAGCAGAGGGGCCCCCGGCCAGAGCACCAGAGCCCCAGAAGGGAAAGGCCAAGGUGCUCUACUUUGUCAACCUGCUCCUCAUAGACCACAGGUCCAUCCUGAGCCAGGGGCCGCACACGCUGCACAUGUGGCCGUACCCUGAGCCAGAGGACGAGGCCUUUGCACAGCAGACAGACAAGCUCUCCUGCGCCACCAACCCUGACGUCGCUGCUGCCAUGGCCAUCAGCUUCUUACUGGACCGCUACAGCUUCCCUGUGGUGCUUCCUCAGAACUCUGUUCCCUCUUCUUCAUCCCUUUCCUCUCCUGUCUUCUCUCCCACCUCACCCGACCCAAGCCAUCUCCUCUCCCCCUCCUCCCCCCUGACCUCCCCCCUCUCCGCCACGCCCCGCCCCCCCUUAACAACCAACCUCGCUUCCCCCGCUGACCAAUCAGGCAUGCGCAAGUUCCGAGAAAAGAGCAUUCUCUACACCUCCAACCUUCCUCAGUACCUGCGACGAAUUGAUUGGCUCGAGCCCAACACUGUGCAGGACAUCCAUUGGCUGCUGGGUCAGCUGGAAGCCUCAGAGCUGGACCUAUCAGUGGCUCUGGAGCUUCUCAGCGUGGAGUUCCCUGACGAGAGGGUGAGGUGUCUGGCUGUGAGGAGGCUGGAGACACUGAGCAACGAUGAGCUGAUGCAGUUCCUGCUGCAGCUGGUCCAGACCCUGAAGGUGGAACCGUUCCACGACAGCUUCCUGGCCACGUUCCUGGUCCAGCGAGCUCUGAGGAGCAAGAGAAUCGGACAUUUCUUCUUCUGGUUCGUGCGCAGCGAGGUGGCUGGCUGUCCCUUCUUCCGCCAGCGGAUGGCGCUGGUGCUGGAGGCUUACCUGCUGGGCUGUGGGCAGGCCACGCUGGACAGCUUCACACGCCAGGUGCAGGUUGUGGAGGCAUUGCAGGAAGUGGCCGGCACCAUUAAGAGACUCUACCCAGACAAAACUGACCUCCCACCAACAGCUGCGGCCACCCUGCAGGACCUCCUGAGGAAAUGCAACCUGCCGCCUAGCUUCCUGGUGCCCUUUGACCCCCGGGUCACGGCUGGGACCAUACUGCUGGACAGGUGUAAGGUGAUGGCUUCCAAAAAGAAGCCCCUGUGGUUGGAGUUCACCCCGCGCCCCACCACGGCCCCCCCCCUCCCUCCUGUGGGCAUCAUCUUCAAGGAGGGAGACGACCUGCGACAGGACAUGCUAGUGCUGCAGACACUGGUCGUGAUGGAUUCUAUCUGGCAACACAAAUCUCUGGACCUCAAUCUAGUACCUUACGGCUGCAUCUCCACAGGACUCAACACAGGUAUGAUAGAGAUCGUGCGGGACGCCGUGACCAUAGCUGCAGUUCAGAGGAGCCAGGGGGGAACCUCAGGGGCGUUCAGGAACGACGCUCUCUGUAACUGGCUGAGAGAGAAGUGCCCCCUGCAGGAGAUCCACUACCAGGCGAUGGAGCGCUUUGUCAACUCGUGUGCAGGCUACUGCGUGGCGACCUAUGUACUGGGCAUUGGAGACCGCCACAACGACAACAUCAUGAUUACAGACCAAGGCAACCUGUUCCACAUUGACUUUGGUCACAUCCUGGGAAACAGGAAGCGGUUCCUCGGCGUGAACCGAGAGCGUGUUCCCUUCGUUCUCACGCCUGACUUCCUGUAUCUGAUGGGAAAGGUCAAAGGUGGCUUUAGCCUCAACUUUGAUCGGUUCAAGGACACCUGCAUGCAGGCCUACCUGUCCCUGCGCUCCCACAGUCGUCUGCUGGUCACUCUGUUCUCCCUCAUGCUGCUGACGGGCAUCCCAGAGCUCAGCGCCGCCAGCGACGUGGACUACCUGCGGGGGGCGCUGCAGGAGGAGGGCAGCGAGGAGGAGGCCCGCAGACACUUCCUGCGCCAGGUGGCCCUGUGUGAGGAGAAGGGCUGGACUGUGCAGGCCAUGUGGUGGAUCCACAUGGUGGCCGGGAUCAAGUAGGGGGGUGGGAGGAGUUAGAGGUUGGAGGAGUCUGCAUGGGAGGAGUCUGGGAGUAGGAGGAGUCUGUGUGGGAGGAG